AUGGCGGAGAUUGUUCUUGCAGAACCCACAAAUGACAUUGCUAGUACAAGCUAUGGAAGAACGUAUAUUUCAAGUGAUACAAGGCCAUUUACAAGAUCACUCACUUAUGGGAGAGAACAUGUGCCUGAACCAUUUGAUAGUGAGAAGUUGCCUGUUACUUUGGUUUCUCAUAUUCAAAAAUUUCUUCGAGUGGCGAAUCAGAUUGAAAGUGAAGAGCCUCGUGUGGCUUAUCUUUGUCGUUUUCAUGCUUUUGAAGUAGCACAUAACUUGGACAGAAAUUCAAGUGGUCGGGGGGUGCGACAAUUCAAAACUGCUCUUCUCCAGCGGCUUGAACAGGAUGAAGAAGUUACAAUUAACAAAAGAAAGGACAAGAGUGAUUUGCGUGAACUAAGACGUGUAUAUCGUGAGUACAAAUACUUCAUCAUUGAACAUGGUGGAGAAUGUACUUUGGAAAAUAGAGAUAAGUUGAACAAAGCACAUGCCAUUGCACAAGUUUUAGACGAAGUAUUAACUACAGUUACCACCGCAGCGGGUUCCCAGGCUCUUGCAGAGACUGACAGUAUUAGUGCAAAGUCUGAAUAUUUUGUGCCAUAUAACAUCCUCCCUCUUGAUCGAGGAGGUGUCCAUCAGGCAAUAAUGCAACUUCCUGAGAUCAAAGCUUCAGUGGCUGCUGUUCGCAGUGUUCGUGGUUUACCCUUUGUGGAAGAUUUGAAACGACGAGCAGCUUACAUAGAUCUGUUUGAUUGGCUUCAGUUUUGCUUCGGAUUUCAGAAAGGAAAUGUAGCCAACCAGAGGGAGCAUUUAAUCCUUCUCCUUGCUAAUACCCAUAUUCGACAAACUCACAAGGAAGCAUCACCGUUAAAGAUCGGGGAUGGAGUUGUGGAUGGACUAUUGAAAAAGUUCUUCAAAAAUUAUAAGGAUUGGUGCAAAUUUCUGGGCAAAAAAAGCAACAUUGAGUUACCAUUUAUAAAACAGGAAGCACAACAAUAUAAACUUCUGUACAUAUCACUUUAUCUUCUCAUAUGGGGUGAAGCUGCAAACUUAAGGUUUAUGCCAGAGUGCCUCUGUUACAUAUUUCACCACAUGGCAUAUGAAAUGCAUAAUGUAUUGACUGGGGCUGUAAGCAUGAUUACUGGAGAAAGAUUCAUGCCAGCAUAUGGUGGAGGAUCUGAGGCAUUCCUUAAUCUUGUAGUUUCUCCAAUAUAUAAGGUUAUAAGUCAGGAAGCUAUGAAAAACAGAAAUGGAACAACUGAUCAUUCAACAUGGAGGAACUAUGAUGACUUAAAUGAGUUUUUCUGGUCUCCAAAUUGCUUUGAAAUAGGCUGGCCCAUGCGUUUAGACCAUGAUUUCUUUUGUGUACAGCCAUUAAACAAUGGUAAAAAGAAGAAAUCCUGGAUACCACUCAGGAAAAGUGAAGGAAAGAAAAGCAAUAUAAACGAAGAUGAAGAAAUGGGAACCCCACUGGAUGAAACGCGGAAGCCAAAAUGGCUAGGAAAGACAAAUUUUGUAGAGAUACGUUCAUUUUGGCAGAUUUUCAGAAGCUUUGAUAGAAUGUGGAGCUUUCUUAUUUUAUCCCUUCAGGCAUUGAUAAUUAUGGCAUCUCAUGAUUUAGAAUCUCCAUUACAAAUAUUUGAUUCAACAAUACUCGAGGAUGUUAUGAGCAUCUUCAUUACAUCAGCGGUUCUCAAACUAAUUCAAGCUAUUCUUGACAUUGCCUUCACAUGGAAAGCAAGAUACACAAUGGACUCUGCUCAACGUAUAAAAAAUGUGGUUAAGGUGGUUCUGGCCAUGAUAUGGACAAUUGUUCUUCCUGUAUUAUACUCUAGAUCUAGAAGAAAAUACACUUGUUACUCCACGCAAAAUGGUAGCUGGCUUGGAGAGUGGUGCUAUUCUUCGUACAUGGUUGCAGUUGCAUUUUACUUAACUACUAAUGCAGUCAGUAUGGUCCUUUUUCUUGUGCCUGUGGUUGGAAAAUACAUUGAGACCUCCAACACUCGAAUAUGUACAAUCUUUACUCUGUGGACACAACCUAGGUUAUACAUUGGAAGAGGAAUGCAAGAGAGCCAAGUAUCCAUCCUAAAGUACUCAUUAUUCUGGGUGUUGUUAUUCCUCAGCAAAUUUUCAUUUAGCUAUACAUUCGAGAUUAAACCGCUCAUAUCCCCUACAAGGCAGAUCAUGAGAAUUGGGGUUAAAAACUAUGACUGGCAUGAGCUUUUUCCUAAAGUGAAGAACAAUGCUGGAGCCAUUGCUGCUAUUUGGUCUCCCAUUAUACUUGUGUAUUUUAUGGAUGCACAAAUAUGGUAUUCUGUUUACUGUGCUGUGUUUGGUGGUGUUUAUGGAAUUCUGCACCAUCUUGGUGAAAUUCGAACACAAGGAAUGCUGCGAAGUAGAUUUGACACUUUGCCAUCUGCAUUCAAUGCGUGCCUUAUUCCAAAACAGAUAAAAGAUAAUAAAGACGGGAUCAAAAAGUGGAUCUUCCACCAGAAAUUUCUGAAGGCUUCAGGAAAUGAGAAGAAUGGAGCUGUGAAGUUUGUUCUUGUAUGGAACCAAAUCAUUAGCAGCUUCCGUGAAGAGGACCUGAUAAGCAACAGGGAAAUGGAUUUGAUGAAAAUACCUGUCUCAACAGAGUUAUUUUCUGGCCAGAUCCGUUGGCCUGUAUUCCUCUUAGCAAAUAAGCUGUCAAUAGCUCUAAGCAUUGCAAGAGAUUUUAAGGGAGAAGAUCACAAUCUUUUGAAAAGAAUUAGAAAGGACAAUUAUGUGUACUUAGUUGUCAUUGAGUGCUAUGAAUCUCUGAAGUGCAUGUUGGACAUCCUUGUGGUUGGUGACCUGGAAAGAAGUAUCAUUUUUGGUAUAUUGAAUGAGAUCGAGGAAAGCAUUGGAAGAUCAUCACUUGUUGAGGACUUACGUAUGAGUGAAUUACCAGCUUUACAUGCUAAAUGUACUGAGUUGGUUGAGCUUCUGGUUGAGGGGAAUGAAAGCCAUUACUAUAAAGUUGUGAAGGCAAUUCAAGAUAUUUUUGAGCUUGUAACAAAUGAUUUGUUGGUAAAUGGUUCCAGGACUUUGGAUUUGCUUUACACACAGCAAUUAGAGGGGGAAGAUACAGAAUUUUUCAGUCAGCAUGAACCAGAAUUAUUUGCUUCAAAGCAUUCUAUCCAUUUUCCUCUGCCGGAUUCUGGCCCUUUAAUGGACAAGAUUAACCGCUUUCAUUUGUUGCUCACCGUCAAAGAUAAAGCAAUGUACAUACCCUCAAACUUGGAAGCUCGGAGACGGAUUUCGUAUUUUUCUACUUCUCUCUUUAUGGAUAUGCCUAAAGCUCCAAAAGUGCGCAAUAUGUUGUCAUUCAGCAUUUUGACUCCGCACUUCAUGGAAGAAGUCAAGUUUUCAAAAAAGGAGCUUCACACAAGCAAGGAAGCGGUUCCUAUUAGCUUUUAUAUGCAAAAGAUAUAUCCAGAUGAAUGGAGAAAUUUUCUGGAACGUAUGCGAUGUGAAGAACUAAAUGAAAUCAAUGAGGACAAACUAAGAGAUUGGGCUUCUUUUCGAGGGCAAACUUUAAGUAGGACAGUCAGAGGAAUGAUGUACUGCAGAAAAGCCCUAAAAUUGCAAGCUUUUCUUGACAUGGCCGAGGAUGAUGAUAUUCUUCAAGGUUAUGAAUCCAUUGAUAGAGAAAAUGGUACGUUAUCAGCACAGCUUGAUGCCAUGGUAGAUAUGAAAUUCACACAUGUUGUUUCUUGCCAAAUUUAUGGAUCACAAAAAGCUUCUGGAGAUGCACAGGCUCAAGACACACUUGAAUUGAUGAUAAGAUAUCCAUCUUUGCGUCUUGCUUAUGUUGAGGAGAAAGAAGAGAUCGUGGCAGAUGGGACUCCAAAAGUUUAUUCAUCAAUAUUAGUCAAAGCCGUCAACGGUUUUGACCAGGAGAUAUAUCGCAUAAAGCUCCCUGGACCUCCAAAUAUUGGGGAAGGAAAACCAGAGAAUCAAAACCAUGCAAUAAUUUUCACACGUGGUGAAGCUCUCCAAGCAAUUGAUAUGAACCAAGAUAAUUAUCUUGAGGAAGCUCUCAAGAUGAGAAAUCUCUUACAAGAAUUUCUACGGGUACAAGGAAGGAGGCCUCCUACAAUAAUUGGCAUGAGAGAGCACAUAUUCACAGGAAGUGUUUCUUCUUUGGCAUGGUUCAUGUCCUAUCAGGAAACCAGCUUUGUCACCAUUGGUCAAAGACUUCUGGCAAAUCCUCUCAGGGUUAGAUUCCAUUAUGGGCAUCCAGAUCUAUUUGAUAGAAUAUUUCACUUAACACGAGGUGGAAUUAGCAAGGCAUCAAAGACAAUUAACUUGAGCGAGGAUGUCUUUGCAGGAUUCAAUACUACACUACGACGGGGAUAUGUUACAUUUCACGAGUAUAUGCAAGUUGGCAAAGGACGUGAUGUUGGACUCAACCAGAUAUCGAAGUUUGAAGCCAAAGUAGCAAAUGGCAACAGUGAGCAAACUCUCAGCCGUGAUAUAUACCGACUUGGACGUCGAUUUGACUUCUUUCGGAUGCUUUCUUGUUAUUUUACUACGAUUGGCUUUUAUUUUAACAGCUUGAUUUCAGUUAUUGGAGUAUAUGUAUUCCUUUAUGGACAGCUUUACCUUGUACUUAGUGGUCUACAAAGAGCACUGCUCCUCGAGGCCAGAGUGAAAAAUAUUGAAUCUUUAGAAACAGCAUUGGCUUCUCAGUCAUUUAUCCAGCUUGGGCUCUUAACGGGUUUACCGAUGGUUGUAGAGAUUGGACUGGAGAGAGGAUUUCUUACUGCCCUUAAAGAUUUUGUUCUCAUGCAACUUCAGCUUGCUUCCGUUUUCUUUACUUUUUCUUAUGGAACAAAAUCUCAUUAUUAUGGUCGAACAAUUCUUCACGGGGGUGCCAAGUAUAUACCCACUGGACGUAAGGUGGUGGUCUUUCAUGCAAGUUUUACUGAAAACUACAGACUGUAUUCGCGAAGUCAUUUUGUGAAAGGAUUUGAGCUGCUGCUACUACUAAUUGUUUAUGAUUUGUUUAGACGGUCCUACCAGAGUAGCAUGGCAUAUGUGUUGAUAACAUAUGCUAUUUGGUUCAUGUCGUUGACUUGGCUGUUUGCACCAUUUUUGUUUAAUCCUUCGGGAUUCAACUGGGGCAAGAUAGUCGAUGACUGGAAAGAUUGGAACAAAUGGAUCAAGCAGCAGGGUGGGAUAGGAAUCCAACAAGAUAAAAGUUGGCAGUCUUGGUGGAAUGAUGAGCAAGCCCAUCUUCUUCACUCUGGGCUGACUUCUCGGUUAAUAGAGUUACUUCUUUCACUAAGAUUUUUCCUUUACCAAUAUGGUUUGGUCUAUCAUCUAGAUAUAUCUGGUCAGAACAAAAACUUUGUCGUUUAUGUGCUCUCGUGGGUUGUCAUCGUACUGAUUUUCCUCCUGGUCAAGGUUGUGAACGUAGGGAGGCAAUAUCUCAGUGCUAGUUAUCACCUCGCGUUCAGGCUUUUUAAAGCCCUUCUUUUCCUUGGAGUCAUGGCAACAAUAGUGGCUCUAUCAAUCAUAUGCGAUCUAUCUGUGCGGGAUCUGGUUGUUUGUUGUCUGGCCUUUCUGCCUACUGGUUGGGGCUUAAUAUUGGUUGCACAAACUCUGAGGCCUAAGAUUGAGGGAAUGGGAUUGUGGCAAUUUGCUCGGGUUUUUGCUCGAGCUUAUGAUUAUGGGAUGGGCAUAGUUCUUUUCGCACCCAUAGCGAUUCUGGCAUGGCUCCCUAUUAUUUCUGCUUUUCAGACGCGUUUCCUUUUCAACGAGGCUUUCAGCAGGAGAUUGCAAAUUCAACCAAUUCUUGCUGGAAAGAAGAAGCAUUGA